AUGUACAAGCUAGUGAUCAACGGUAAAGCGCCAGUUGUAGCCUACGGUGAGCUGAUCGCUGCCCUUGUCGUUAACGCCGUUAAAGCGGGCAGUAUUGCAAUCGAGUUUGUCGACGAUAAGAAGGCAGCACCAGCAGUUUUGAACGGUGAAUCUAAUGAUGUUCUGAUUAAAAUUGUCAGCGAUUUCCCAGACGUCUUCACCGAGGGAAGCGCGGAAGAGAUUGCGUCCUGGACAAAGAUCGCUAAUGAGAACUACGUUGUGAAAAACUUCCAGAAGCUUUCCGGUUCGUUAGAGAAAUUGGACGCCGUGCUGAACUUGAAAACUUAUAUUCUCGGUGGUCUGAAGUACUCAGCUGCCGACAUCGCCUGCUGGGGCGCGCUGAGAUCAAACGGUAUGGUGGGAUCGAUCAUCAAAAACAAGGUCGAUGUGAACGUUUCCCGUUGGUACACUCUACUAGAGAUGGAUCCAGCUUUUGGCGAAGCUCAUGAGUUUUUGACGAGGUCGAUGCAAGAUCUGAAGAAAGCUGCCAACGUCGGCAAGAAGAAGGAGGGCCAUAAGGCAAAUUUUGAGAUUGAUUUGCCGGACGCCAAGAUGGGAGAAGUCGUGACACGUUUCCCUCCCGAACCUUCCGGAUACUUGCAUAUCGGUCAUGCCAAGGCUGCAUUGCUUAACCAGUAUUUCGCUCAGGCGUUCAAGGGUAAAUUGAUCAUCAGAUUCGAUGACACGAAUCCAUCUAAGGAGAAACAGGAAUUUCAAGACUCUAUCCUCGAAGAUUUGGAACUUCUAGGCAUCAAGGGAGACCGCGUAACCUACUCUUCCGACUAUUUCCAGGAAAUGUACGAGUUGUGUGUCAAAAUGAUCAAGGAAGGUAAAGCAUACUGUGAUGAUACUCCUACGGAGAAAAUGAGAGAAGAGCGUAUGGAUGGCAUCGCUUCAGCCAGAAGAGAUCGCUCAGUGGAGGAAAACUUGAAGAUUUUCACCGAGGAGAUGACCAACGGUACCGAGGAGGGUUUGAAGAACUGCGUGCGUGCAAAGAUCGAUUACCAAGCACCAAACAAGGCCCUAAGAGACCCUGUUAUCUAUAGAUGUAACUUGACGCCUCAUCAUCGUACCGGAACCACUUGGAAGGUGUACCCAACAUAUGACUUCUGUGUUCCUGUCGUUGAUGCAUUGGAAGGUGUGACCCAUGCUUUGCGUACAAUUGAGUACAGAGACCGUAAUCCUCAGUAUGACUGGAUGUUGAAGGCUAUGAAUUUGAGAAAGGUUCACAUUUGGGAUUUCGCUCGUGUUAACUUCGUCAGAACUUUGCUAUCCAAGAGAAAGCUACAAUGGAUGGUCGAUAAAAACUUGGUGUCAAACUGGGACGAUCCAAGAUUCCCAACUGUGAGAGGUGUGAGAAGAAGAGGUAUGACAGUGGAGGGUUUGAGAAACUUCGUUCUCUCUCAGGGUCCUUCUAGAAAUGUCAUUAAUCUUGAAUGGAACUUGAUUUGGGCUUUCAACAAGAAGAUUAUUGACCCAGUCGCACCAAGACUUACUGCAGUCGUCAACCCAGUUAAACUUCACCUCGAGGGUGAGGACGCUCCCCAGACUCCUAAGGUUGAAAUGAGGGCUAAACAUAAGAAAAACCCUGACGUCGGAGAGAAGAAAGUUAUCUUUUACAAGGAUAUCGUGAUCGACAAAGAUGAUGCUGAUGUUAUUGAAGAGAACGAGGAGGUCACUUUGAUGGACUGGGGUAAUAUCAUCAUCACAAAGAAGAAUGCCGACGGCUCAUUGACUGGUAAACUAAAUCUGGAAGGUGACUUCAAGAAAACUAAGCACAAACUUACCUGGUUGGCGGAUACUGAAGAUUCUGUGUUUGUCGAUCUAGUGGAUUUCGACCAUUUAAUUAGCAAGGACAGAUUGGAAGAAGAUGAGAGUUUCGAGGAUUUCUUAACACCACAAACGGAAUUCCAUACCUCCGCUAUAGCUGAUUUGAAUGUUAAAGAUCUCAGGACCGGUGACAUAAUUCAAUUCGAAAGAAAAGGAUAUUACCGUUUGGAUCAACCGGCCAAGGACGGCAAGCCAUUUGUCUUCUUUACCAUUCCCGACGGUAAAUCUGUUAACAAGUAUGGUGCCAAGAAAUAA